UCUCUCUCUCUCUCUCCCCCAACAAAAUCCUUUUUCUUUCCCUCCAAUUCCAGAGAGUUCGAUUACAAAACAACGAGAAACCGAAGAGCUAGGGUUAGGUUUUCCUUGCCUCUUCGAAAUAGUCCCUUUCAGAUCUCUUUGAAUAUUAGGCGCUAUCAGGGAUUCAAAGUUUCGAGAUAACUUCGAAGCAUGAACUCAGAGGAAUAGGCAUGCGAAACAAUUGAGGAAUAAUGGGCCAUACUCAGAGGAAAAAGGGGUCUAAGAGAAUGCUAUCUACUGAUGACAACAUGAAAGUCCAUACUCGGGUCAGUCCCUUAAUUGAAGGGAAAGCAAAUGGAAGAACUACAGGAGUUUCUGAGAGUGCUCCUGCCCCUGCCAAUCUUGUAGGAAUGUCCAUCGAAUUCCCAAAUGAGAAAAUAGAAACGGGUGCUGUGUCUAUUGGUUCCUCUGCUGGGACAGGGCCAACUUUUAGAGGUUUGGUUCAGAAUGAAAAGCAGCUGAUACGAGAGAGAAGGAAACAGGCUAACAGAGAAUCCGCUAGGAAAUCUAGGUUGAAGAAGCAGGCUGAAGUGGAGGAACUGAGGAGGAAAUAUGGAUCCUUGGAUGUGGAGAAUAAAGCCCUUAGAACUGAAUUAGUUAAUCUGAAAGCGUAUUCAGACAAAUUGAGGCUUGAAAAUGCUGCAUUAACGGAGAGGCUGAAAAGUACACAGGUAGGGAAGCAAGAAGGGAUGGUUGGUGCUGAGAUUCAAGCUGCUUUGUCCCUAUCAAACACUUAUGUGAAUGGUCUUAACUCUGAUUCUGCGAGCGGGAAUGUGCAUUGGGAAAGUGAAAACCAUGAGAAAUCUGACUCUAGAACUAAGCAUCAUCAAUUGAAAACAAGCUUUAGGGCUGAUGCUGUUGCCGCCGGAUGAUCAAGACAUUAUGCUUAAUUUUGUAGUUUUUUUUCGAAAGAUUGAAACCCCAAUUAACUCUAAAGUGUGAUUGGUUUACAAGGAAUUUGACAAGUACUUUUAAGUUAUUAGAUUAUAGGUGUCUUAAGUGGAAAUUAAAGUUUUCCAUGGAUAGGAUAAAGGGUGGGUAUUCUUUAUUGGUUAUUGCCGAUUUUGUGGUUUUGCUAAGUUAUUCGAUUAAAUUUUGUUGGGUUUAUUAUACGAAAUCCUUUAGUUGUUG